CGCUGGGAAGGUCUUCUCCUUCACCGCCAUGUCAUCAGACACCAUUUACACUGUGUUAAAAAUGGGUCGGGCUGUCCUGUUUCCCCCCAGUGCGCCAGAACGAUUUCUCUGCCUUUUUCAAGAUACAAGACUCGCAAGAAAAUGUCACGCAGAGUAUUCUGCCUCAUUACGUUGACUCUAUGUCUUAUUUUCUUCAACUCAAGCAGCAAUGCAAGUCCUCUCCCGAGUAAAGGCUCGCUAUGGCACCGUCAUUGGAAUAAGUGGUCCCACUGGUGGGCCAAUAAGCACUGUCGUAGAACCUGGGGGGAAUGCCAUGAGUAUGAACAUUCGAGCUCUUCCCAUUCCAGUCGGACGACUAGCACUCUACCUUAUUCUGCUACCAAAACUCCAGAAGAUGAGCCUUGCGAUGAUGACGAUAUUAAGCCUACAGCCACGGCAACGAUCGCUUCAACUUCGACACUUCAAUCUAGUGUCCCAUCGAGUACGCCGACUUGUAUACCCUCAACAACAUUCAACUUCAUCACCCGACGAGGCAAUAACCUGUACGAUGGCGACCAGCCGUUCCGAUUCGUGAGUGCCAACACACCCAGCCUUCUCAUGACUGGAGACAGGCCAAAUUCGGGACGGGAGGUGCCGGAUCCCUUUGAGCAAGAUGAUCUUAUGCAGUCCAUUGCCGGCCUUGGUGGUCGCGUCGCACGUACAUACACAUUUUCCGUUGGCUAUCACAUUAUAAGUCUGCGUACAUACAACGAAGAAGCUUUUGUUGGCGUUGACAAUGCGAUAGCGGCAGCCCGGAGAAACGGCGUAAGAUUGAUAAUACCUUUCAUUAACAAUGACAUAACUGAAUACAAUACCGGUGAAAAAUGGUUCUACGGCAGCUACGGCGCUUUUGCGGAGCUUAGAAAUCAGCCAAAGGAAGCCUUUUUCACAAACGCUACGCUCAGGCAGGACUUCAAGGAUUUUAUAACGGACGUGCUCAGUCGUAUCAAUACAGUUACUGGCAUUCGGUACGGUGAUGAUCCCACCAUUCUUGCAUGGGAAUUCGGGAACGAACUCGGGGGCUGGACAAAUCCACCACCACCAGCAGAUUGGCGCUCUGACAUUGCUGGUCAUAUCAAAACUCUUGCGCCCAACACGCUAGUGCUUGAUGGCACGAUUGGAGGCUCCAGUCGCUGGCUAGCGCUUCAAGAUCAAAACAUUGACAUCCUCGGUAACCAUUAUUACGGGAUCAACGAUCGCCAGAACAUGCGCAAGGAGGCUGCAUUGGCAGCAUCAUAUGGCAAAGCUUUCAUUUCGGGCGAAUUUGGUCUCACCGAUCCCGGGACGUACAAUGAAAUAAUGGAUGAGACUGUCAGCAACGUGAAUGUUACAGGCGCUCUCAUUUGGAGCUUGAGGGGACAUACUUCAUUUGGCGGCUUUUACGUUCAUUCAGAAGGAAAAAAUGACACCAGCAAUACCUACGAGAUCGUGUCGUAUCAUGUCCCUGGCUUUCCCGCAGACACCACAGAUAAGUUCGGACCAGAGGAGCAGAGCGUCAUUCCAGCCCUUCGCUCCCGAGCAUUGGCUAUUCAGGGCUGUCCAUCGAGCAUGCCUCAUAUAACGCCCCAAGCACCGGUCUUGUUUACUGCGAAUGGUGGUCGAUUAAUAUGGCGAGGAAGUGCUUGGGCUGCUUCGUACAGAAUUUUCCGCACGGCUUUCGGAACAGAAUUCAAUGAAACAGCACCACUCGCUACGGGAGUUUUAGAUCGUAAAUCGAUAAACCGAUUGGUGACAGUAGGGACACUAUGGACCGAUGCUACAUUGCCCAACGGGGAACGCUACCUUUACAAGGUCCAGGCCGUAGGGGUAGAGGGACAACUGUCUCCAAUUUCCAAUAGUGUGGCAUCGUCAGCCGAUUAAUAUGCACCUAUUGUAUAUCAAAGUGAAUAGUGUGUUUGUCCAGAAUAUAAACUGUAUCAACAUGAAUAUGUGUGUAUGUCUAGAAUAUAAUCUGCAUAAAGCGUGCGUGGCCAG